UUCAGUACAGAUUUCUCUUCUCUCUUCUCUCUGCUGCAAAAGCCAUACUUAUUCCAUUCUUCCUGCUACUCCUGUACUCCCUCAAUCAUGAUGUACCUGGUAGCAAUGUUAGUACUGUCAUCCUUUGUACAAUCUUCACUGCAAAUUGAAAUAACACCAGAAGACUACAUAUUAUUUCUUCAGCCUGCCACAUACACUGGUGGUGUCUUUGCAAAUGACUGUUCUUUUCAUUAUUUCCCCAGAUACUAUAGAUGUCCGAACAAUUCCAGACUGUCUGAUGAUGUAACUAAUGAAGGAUCAGACUUUAAUCCUGAUAAUUUUAUAGGAUGGAAUGAAAAUUUUCGGAUAUUGAUUUUGUUCGAAGACCUACCUCUAAAUUUCUACUUCACUCACAUCGACAUAUACUACUAUCACAAUCCAUCCCUAGGAUACGGACUGCCUACUGUGCGAAUCGAUCCUGGCCGUCUUCCUAAAAGCCCUCUCAUAACUGCCAGUAAUUCUCAAGCAUCCCAGUCUGAUAACGGUGUCGUCAAGAUUUCACUGAACAUGCUCGUUUUAUAUAGAUCUCAUAUUUUUCUGCGUUUUUAUUUUCGUCCGGAUGAUGUUAGUAAAAUUCAACCAAGUCUUGCAACUCAAACUUUCAUCAGUGAGAUUAGAUUCUUUGCAGAUACAGAACUCAUUCUUUAUCCUGCCAUUCCUAUCAAAUUCAAAUCUCCUAGUCAAAUACUGCAGCCUGAAACAGCCUAUAUACAGUCAUCUCUUAACUUAUCCUGUACAGUUGUUAAUAAUGGAUCCUUCUAUUGGACUUGGACUGGCCCUGGAGUUAAUAAUGGAGUAAUGAAAGUAGCAGAUACCACUAGGACCAGUAUAUUGAUGCUAUCAAAUAUCAGUCCUUCUGAUGCUGGGAAUUAUACCUGUUCCGCCUCUUAUCUAUACCUGGUAUUGGACGAUUAUUAUGAUGUAAAACUGAUCAUGACAGCAACAAAUAACAUCACUUUAACACUCAGUAAAGCAUUAACAGUAGCUAGUACAGUGAUUGUACAAGAAGGCAAUAGAGCCACACUGUCAUGCAUUUUUAUUGGAUAUCUACCGGUUAAUUAUGAAAUUACUUGGAUGUACAUGUAUAACGUGAAGGCUGAUGGUAUUAUUGCUAAUGGUCAAUACACUUGGUCCAAUCUAUUGUCUCAAAAUAGUAGUUCUUCUGCUAGUCCAGCUAUACAGAGUAACCUCACUAUAACAUCAGUUAAAGUGACCAACAGUGGUCCCUAUACUUGUACUGUGAGUGGUAUUAGACUAAGGAAGACUAUAUCACUCAUUGUACUCAAGAAGGAAAGAAAGUUUACUUUGCAAGUUAGUGAAGAGCUGGAAUAGCUAUAUAUAACUGAUGGAUUUUGAAAUGUUGAACAGCUGAAACAUAAUUAUUAUGAUUCCAAU